AUAGGCGCGGUCUUGGAACAGAACCCACCUGACUUCCGCCCCCAUUGCUUUGGUCCAGGGACCUCCGGACGUGAUGUUAACUAGAGAAGUCAUCCCCAGGAAGUGCAAGUUGUAUCUUUGGUCCAAGAGGGUCUCCCCACUCAUUUAGUACAUGUGCAUAUUUUGGAGACGGCAUGAAAAGGAUGCUGUUUCUCCUCUGAAAACCUGAGAUCUGCCAAGAGCUGAGUCGUUUUUUGUUCAAUGAAGAGGGGAGGAAGGAAAGGAGCGAUGGGGAGCAGGUGUCGCUGGGCCCGAACUUGCUCCCGUCUUCCCCGCCAGCAUACUAGUUAGGCGUUGAGCAACUAACUACAGCAGUUUGAAAUCAGCAGCUGCACCUCAGGGAGAAAGAUGAGGUUUUCUACUCCCGUUAAGGAAUGGGUCUCAAACCACCGAGGGCGGUUCUGUGCCUUACACGGUCGCUCUGGCCUCGGCCGGCCGCGAUCUUCUUGGUGAAAACAUUUAUCUGGUCUUGUUUACCAUAGCCUUAAGAAUGUUUAACUGCUUUUUAGUUCAGACAAGCUUUGUUCCAGAUGAAUACUGGCAAUCUCUUGAAGUUGCACAUUACAUGGUUUUCAAUUAUGGUUAUUUGACCUGGGAAUGGACAGAAAAGUUGAGGGGUUAUACUUAUCCCUUAAUCUUUGCAAGCAUUUACAAGAUUCUGCAUCUUUUGGGGAAAGAUAAUGUUCAGUUGCUGAUUUGGGUUCCCAGACUUGCCCAAGCACUUCUAUCAGCUGUAGCAGAUGUGAAGCUUUACUCAUUAAUGAAGCAACUAGAAAAUCGGGAACUAGCCAGAUGGGUGUUCUUUUGCCAGUUGUGCUCUUGGUUUACAUGGUAUUGCUGUACGAGAACGCUUACAAACACCAUGGAAACGGUUCUCACAACCAUUGCUCUCUUCUACUAUCCCUUAGAAGGUUCAAAGUCUAUGAACAGUGUCAAGUACUCGUCCCUGCUGGCACUUGCCUUCAUAAUUCGCCCCACAGUUGUCAUCCCGUGGAUACCUUUGCUCGCCAGACACUUCUGGCAAGAGCGUAAGAAGUUUGAUCUUAUUCUGCAUCAAUUUUUGCUUGUAGGAUUUGUCACUUUGGGUUUCUCUUUGGUAAUUGAUCGUAUUUUUAUUGGUCAAUGGACUUUGGUUCAGUUUAAUUUUUUGCAAUUUAAUGUGCUGCAAAACUUGGGAGCAUUUUAUGGUUCUCAUCCAUGGCACUGGUACUUCAGUCAAGGAUUUCCCGUAGUCGUGGGAACUCACCUACCCUUCUUUAUUCACGGCUGCUUUCUAGCCCCAAAAAGGUACCGGGUACUUUUGGUGACUAUACUGUGGACAGUGCUUGUUUAUAGCAUGAUGAGCCACAAGGAAUUCAGGUUUAUCUAUCCAGUUUUGCCAUUUUGUAUGGUGUUCUGUGGAUACUCACUAAACCACCUGAAAAUUUGGAAGAAACCAGCUGUAAGUUUCCUGCUUUUAUCAAAUAUGCUCCUCGCUCUCUACAUUGGAUUAGUUCAUCAAAGAGGUACACUCGAUGUCAUGAGUCACGUUCAAGAGCUCUGUAACAAGAGUCACAAUAAAUCUUCAGCUUCAGUAUUUGUAAUAAUGCCUUGCCACUCUACACCUUAUUACAGCCACGUUCACUGCCCACUUCCAAUGAGAUUUCUCCAAUGUCCUCCAGACCUGACUGGAAAAACACAUUAUCUUGAUGAAGCAGAUGAAUUUUACCUAAACCCCUUAAAUUGGUUAUAUAAAGAGUUUCACAAUAAUUCAUCAUUGCCUACACAUUUGAUCAUCUUCAGCACUUUAGAAAAGGAAAUAAGUGCUUUCCUAAUUUCACGCAGCUAUGAAAAAACUGCUGUAGUCUUCCACACUCAUUUGCCAGAAGGUCGAACUGGAAGUCAUAUAUACAUCUAUGAGCGGAAGUUAAGAGGGAAAAACAACGGAUGAACUUCUGAACAAUGCCUACAUCUUUCUGAAAGAAACUGACAUUGAUGGGUGGAAAUAUUCAGAAACUACCUGCUAUAGUCAACACUGUGUAAGAUUCAUGUAACUAGUACAAAACCACGAUGAAACCUUUGUCAAAGAGCACUACUGAGGAAAUGUACAAAGUGUCACACAGUACGAAAUAUAUUAAUGCAAUGCCAGAUGUAAAUAAAGACCUUUAGUUUUC